AGAAAAGCCAUGGCGCAAAGAGAAGCCCUGCGAAAACGCAUCGUGGAGCAUUUACGGAAUUCUAACGACGGAACAAGUAGCUUAAAGGAAAUAGUUCAGAAUCUUGGAGCAGAUAAAAAAUGCAUUAAUCAAAUUCUUUAUUCACUUAAAAGAGCAAACGCCAUAUCACAAGUUUCUAAUGUUCCUCCUGUUUGGAAGUUGAGGGAUUAUGGAUUGGCAAUAAGAGCGCCAGUAUGGUCGCAAAACAGCAAGUUAAAAUACCGUCCCACAUCUCCAAAAAAGAAUAUUUCAAGGAAUAAGACUGUUGAUCAACGUCAUGUACAAUCAAUUUUGGAGUAUCUCAAAUCUAAGAGGAUGCCCGUGAAAACAAUAGACAUUGCCAAAGGACUGGGAUUUAAAUCUUCUUCAGAAAUCAAUCCUGUACUUUACAGAAUGGAGAAGAACGGGAUCGUGAGAAUGUGUGAAGGAGAGAAGGUGAUGUGGACCCUAAAUUCUGAUGGGGAAUCACAGCAGGCAGCGUUAUUAAAUGAUCCUGGAAUUGUUGGAUUUGGGACAAGAAUUAAGAGUGAACCGCAGCAAACUAUGGGAGGGUUUUCAGUGCAAGAAGUAGAUUUUGUGCAGCCAAUGAGUUUACACCCAGGAAACGUUAAAUGCGAAAGUAAUGAUGUCAGUGAUGAUGACCCUUUCAUGGGAAAUGUGAGUUGUUCACAGUUGUCUGAGGUAGGAUACGAGUCUUCACAAUCAGAACCUAGUCUGGGUUUUGAUCAAAUAAAUGAUGCCAGAAGGGUCCUGAGGAACCAAGGCUUCACAAGUGUUGAUGAUGGAAGUGACUGGCCAAGUACAGAGAAUGAGAUGGAUGUGAACACAGGGACUAUGUCACCUCUCUGUCAGUCCACACCUAUUCUUCCCAGUCCGAACGACGACACAGCUACUCGGUAUGAGGAUGAAACUUGUGUUGCAUCCACAAACUCUUGUGAUAUGGAAGAUUCUUCUACACAAAAGAUUUACAGUGUUUUAAAAGGAUUGUCUCUGUGCAACCAAAAUGGAGUGGUGUCCUUUAUUAUUUCUAAGAAAGCUCAGAUGGAUAAAUCAGAUACUGAGGAAUGUCUUAAGAAAUGUCAGGAACUAAACUAUGUAUCUGCAACUAAAUCGGGAUCAGAUGUCGUUUAUUCUCUGACAGAAGCAGGUGAGAAGUAUAUCAAAAGCAAAGUGACCAAAAGUAAACCAAAGAUGGAACAGACAGUUCCACAGAUACGUGCUCCCCCAAGAGUCACGAACACAGAAUUCAGAGGCCCUCCCCCUGCACCAGCUAGUCUAGUCCAAAACCCAGAGAGUCAGUUUUAUAACCAACAUUCUUCAAGAUUACCCAGUAACCAGACCUCUGAAACAGGAAGGAUGAGUGAGAAACCCAUGGACCCUUCUGCACCCCAACCAUUAAUGAGUGUACUGACUGGUCCAAGUAUAGUAAAUUCCCAAUCUCUUCUAGGCUUUUCAUCAAAUCCCUCAUCAUACUCCAGUACAACUCGG